AAGAAGAGUCAACGAUGCAGUAACUGGUGCGGAAAUGGAAGUGAGGUUUGGGAACUGCUUAGAGCACCGGAAACCUCAGGUACGGUGUCAUCCUCAGCCGUUAACAUUUUCUUUCUCUCUCUUCCUUCCACCAUGCUUUCCCUCUCUCCCAAACCCUUCUUCUGCAGUGACACAUUCAAGAGCCACCAACACUACCACCACCACAACCACCACGCCCGACCCAUUGACCUUGGCUGAAUCGCGAAUUCCAUUAGCAAUCACUUCUUGA